CCGCAAGAGGCUCGGCCUAAUCAAUCGUCGUUUCCCGCCCGCCACAAGUUCGACGAUACAAUUCGGCUAUCGUACUGGUAACUGAAGAAACAGAAAGCCACAUGCCAAAAGCUAUGACGCUUUUGAGUUGUAGACUGUCAAAGAUAUCUGCGCCGGAUAUGUAACACUCAUCACUCAAGCAACACUCAUCGUAUGAAAACACAUUUUACCUGGAAAUACAACUGAAAAUCGUCUUAGCAAUCGUCGAACAGACGCAGCGAAAUUGUCAGGGUGGCAGAAAGACACAUCAAGAGUCGGUCUUCGGAAUGAGACCAGGUCGCCAUUCUCGCCACAUACUUCGCAUCAGGUUGCAGCGAUGGACGCACUUCGUUCUUAACUACGCUUUGCUCGCUGCUGUUGGGGUUGGUGGGAUGUUCUUGCUGCCAGCCCUCAUGGCCAGUCACCGUUUUAGUGAAGUUUCCUUCGCUUUCAUCUACACGUUGAUCCAGCGUUUCAUGAAGAACGACAUGGCCGUGGUGCGACGUGGCGUCGUGUCUCUGCUGGACGAUAUGGUUUCUCAUGAUGUAUGCUUGAAGGCACGCGGUGCGGUUCGUCUGUUGGAGGUGGGCGCGGCUUAUGGACCCAAUCUGGAAUUCAUUGGCCGCUCCGUCGAGUAUUGGACGCUGGAGCCCAACGGAAACUUCGAAGCAGCUCUGCAGAGGAAUCUCAAAGAAAACCCGAAAGUCGAGAUGAAGCGCGUCAUCCAUGGAUACGGCGAGGACAUGGGAAUGUUGCCUGAUGAACACUUCGACGCUGUUCUCAUCACCUUCGUCCUCUGCACGGCGAAAGAUGGCUCGAAAUUACUCAGCGAAUGCAAGCGUGUCCUUGCAAAGGAUGGCUGUCUUCUCUUCGCCGAGCACGUCGGUCACAAGAAGGGAACAUUCGCUAGGUUUCUUCAAGACAUCAUGACUCCGUACACCAAGAAUCUUGCUGGUGGCUGCCACCUGAAUCGCGAUACCGAGACUUUGCUUAGAAAAGCCGGAUUCUCUAAAGUGACCGUCCAUACCAUUGACUUGGACAUACCAGUGGUGCUCAGCCGCACCAUCUAUGGCAUCGCAAUAGUGUAAUAUAUGCGUAUGAAAUGUUAAGGUUAUUUUUUAUUCAAUGGUUAUUAACCAACCAAUAUGAGGCGAUUUGCAGUCCAUUGCCUCAUUAAGGUUCGAUUUUCCCCAUGAAAUAAAAGCCAAAAUAAUCAUGGUGAAUGGACAUGUUGUAGCAAUGUGACCUGCCAACAUAUCGAGAUCACAGCUGGCUAAACUGUAGCAUGCAGCACUGGUGCAAGACUGAAUACAGGAAUCACAUGGAAGCAAGACCCAAAACCGAAAUACGAUGGGUCCAGCUUUGGAAUUCCUUAACCAGACUUUUGUGUACGAGCUGCUUUAAAGUGUGAGAUUUUGCACACCAAUCUACGUCCGUGCUGUGCCAGGUAGUGGAUACGUGUACAAAAUGUUCUAGGCAUUGUGCUCACGCUAUAUUUUGCGUUUC